CCAGGGCCGUCCAGGCUCAAGCGUCGUUUCAGUUCCAACCCUGAGUCUCUGCGUCCCUGCGCGGCGCGCCAUGCUGUGGUUCCUGGAGAGCCCCGAAGACCCGCCGCCGCUGCCAGCACGCUCCGCGGUGUUCGUCGUCAGGAAUGGUCGAUACGAGCCGCAGAACCUGAUGCCAGUGCUGCCUCGGAUGGAUAUCCUCGAAUUCGAUGGCUUCGUGACCCGCCGUGGGUCAGCCGUAGGCGGCCUCACCGCGAGGCCCCCCGAGAUGCGCCAGGCCUCCCUGGUCAGCAACCCCGUGAGCGUCCGGCGCGACUCCGUGCGGGCGAGGAGCGACCCCAGCAGCGACCGCGUCCAGUUCAGCAUGGUGCUCGACACGCAGAGCGCCUGCACGGUGUCAGUCCACCUGCUCGUCACCGAGGUGGAGCAGAGCCAGGGCCCCGAGGGCGAGCGCCGCCUCGAGCUCGUGCCCCAGGCCCCGCAGGGGCCGAGGCCGAAGGAGGACCACGGUGCGCCCGAGGCGCCGGAGGACGAGCGCCCACGGGAGGGCGCGCCGGCGGCGGAGGGGCCGCCCCCGUGGCACGGGCAGCUGGGGGCGCUGCUGGACCGGCGCCGCUUCGGAGCCGGGCUGGGACAGUGCUACGAGAGCCCUCCGCUCGACCUGUCGCAGAUCCCCGCGGAGCAGCUGGCCUUCGACGUCGGCCGGCCGGCGGACGUCCCCAUUGCGAUCUGCCUGGAGCCAGAGGGCGGCUCGGUGGAGGAGGUGUGCGCGCACUACUCCUACGUGUCGCUGCAGAGGGCGGCUCCGCCCGCCCAGGCCACGGCGAGCUCCCCCAAGCUGGACGGCUGCGGCGACGCGGCCGGCGCCCACUGGACGGCUCAGGUCUUCGCGCAGAAGUUGCAGUAUCAGGGCAACUGCUUCGUCCUGCACGACGUGUUCGGAGUGGCCUCCAAGCGCGCGUCCGACUACGACGGCGCCGAGACUGGGAGCUCCGAGUGCGUGAUCUGCCUCAGCGAGCCCCGCGACACGGCCGUUCUGCCCUGCCGGCACAUGUGCUUCUGCGGCUACUGCGCUGGCAUCGUCCGGCUGCAGUGCGAGAAGUGCCCCGUCUGUCGCCAGAAGGUCAAGAGCCUGCUCCAGUUCAAGAAGGAGGACGCGGCGAUGGAUCAGCUGAUGGGCAUCAAGCCGCAGGAGCGCCGCGCCUCCUCCGCGAGGGGCUCCGUCAGCUGAGCCGCGCCCUUCGGCCGGGUCUCUCCCCCCCCGCGGCCCGCGGGGAGCGGCGCCCGCUGCAGCGCCCUCUCCGCGGCGCGGGCGCGCGCCGCCGCCCGCGGCCCCAAGAGGGGCGCAGGGGGUGUCGGGGGCAGUGUGCCCA